AUUUCCUAUAGGGUCGUUCGCCGCUUGUAAACAAAAACGCAGCAGUUUAAAAAUAAAAAUAAUUGAUAAACCUAGUAAAUCGUCUACUUAUCUAGCCAAAUGAACUUGAUAGCUGCAGAAUCGCCUUAAUUUCGAUCGAGUGCACCGCAAACCGAAGUUCAGGUGCAACAUUCAACUGCCGCCCCAUUGAAGCUAAACCACCAUGGACCGGGCUAGCCUAUAUUUCAUGAGCAAAGAUGAUAAGAACACCUUCGACUUCGACGAGACUUUACCCUCGCUCCCGCUGCCGGAACUUAGGGACACCAUGGAGCGCUACUACAGCUGCAUCCAGCCAUUCGGGACUAAGGAGGAGUUGGCCCAGGCCCGCAAGACUAUUGAUGAGUUCCAGAACGGCGUGGGCGUCGAGCUGCACGAACAGCUCAAGAAGCGGGCGGCCAGCAUGAGGAACUGGCUGGGCAGCUGGUGGGAGGACUACGGAUACCAUCUGAUUCGUAUGCCGCUGCUGCCCUACCAGCUCAUGGUCAUGCCCGCGCAAUUGGAGAUGGUGGGCGUACCGGAGACACCCGAAUACAUGCUGAAGAGUCUGGCGCGGCACAUUUACCACACGCUCGAGUUUUGGGAACUGACUAGAACGUCCAGCAUCAAGCCUCUCUCCUCGAACGGCGGCAAAAUAAAGUACUCCUCCGCGCUGUACAAGCACUUCUUCUCCACGUGUCGCGUUCCAGGCGAGGAACAGGAUCGUAUAGAGAAGCAUUUCCUUACCAAGGAUGAGGGUAAGACGCCGAGUCACAUCCUUAUUUCCGGCAAGGGACGCCAGUUCAUCUUCGAUUGUGUGCACGAGGACGACACUAUCCUAUCGGCUCCCGAAAUCCUUGUGACUCUCCAAAGACUGCGCAGCAUCCUCGACUACGAGCCGUUGGGCGAUUGUGUGCCCACCCUGAGCCAUGACGAACGUUCCACGUGGGCACGCAACCGCAACCGGCUGAGGGAAAUCUCAGAUGCGAACAAGGAGACGCUGCUGUUGGUGGAGAGCGCAAGCAUGGAGAUUUGCUGGUACGAGCAAUCGCCCAAGGACUACGAGGAGUCCUCCCAGCUGGGUCUCUACGGCGAUCUUCACUCCCGCUGGGCGGACCGCAGCAGCAGCAUUAUCGUCUUUCGCAACGGACGCUUCAACUGGGCGGGUGAGCACAGCUGCUACGAUGGCACCGUCAGCAUUAGUUACGCCACCUUCAUGCAACUGAGCUUUCUGGAGGUGCCAGAGCCCGACUGGUCCGAGGCCGAAAAAGGCAAUGUUAUAGAGGUCAAGGAGUUGAACUUUCAGCUGGAUGACACUCUCAAGAGCGAGAUCAAGCGCGUACAGAAGGAUAUUGAUGAUAGGGGUGUUGACGUUACUGUGACCUUCACUGCGUUCGAUGACUACGGCAAGGAGUUUAUGAAAACCCAUCGACUGCAUCCAGACUCCUUUGUUCAGGUUGUCAUGCAGUGGGCCUACUACCAAAUGCAUAAGGAAAUUGCUCCCACAUAUGAGACCGCUCUGAUGCGUCAGUACUACAAUGGACGCACGGAAACUCUGCGAUCCUGCACCGGCGCUGUGGCGGAGUUCCUACGGGCGUCCUCCAACAAGCAGGUUGGCGAUAUGUCACUGGCGAAGGCUUUCCGUCGGGCAGUCGAUGAGCACAAGCACUUCAUGAACGAGGCGCGCAAGGGACAUGGCAUCGAUCGACACUUGUUUGGCCUGUGGUGCGCAGCGUACGAAAGCAAAAUGGACAUUCCCGCCUUCUACGAUGAUCCGUUGUACACCAAGAGUGGCGGUGGGGGCAACUUUGUGCUCUCGUCCAGCACUCUGGGCUUCACCGCCAACGUUGGCUUCGUGGCGCCCAUGGUCUUUGAUGGCUAUGGCGUCUUUUAUUCCAUCACCUCUGAAGCUGUCUUCAUUAAUACCACCGCUUAUCGCGAUAGCCAGAAGACAAGCGCCCGCAAGUUCAACGACAUUUUUAAGGACUCAUUCCGCCGCAUCAGCGUACUCUUGGAACAGUUGGCCAAGGAAUCGAAGCUUUGAAGAGCUCACCUAGUAUUAAGAAGAGAUUAAAUCUUACUUUAUGUCGUAAACUGGAACCCAACUCUCGUUAGUUCCGAUCAGAAAGUACAUUUUUGGAUUCUUUUA